AUGUACAGGAACAAAUACCAGCCGAACAUUUUGUCCCUCCUGCUGAGCGCGGGCUCGAAACCCCUGGACCUAUGGAAGACAAAGACCAAGAAGGGGUGCGUGAGAAAAGUGUUGGACGACACCAUCAAGCUAAGUGCAAUCGAGAUCACUUCAGAGAAUACCUCCGACUCGUACAUCUACACAUGCCCUGAAAAAUUCUCUUCCCUCGGCAUCAGCCUGCCCUACAUCGUGCUCAUCGUCAAAAAUAUGAACAAAUACUUUUCCUUCCGCAUAAGUGUAAUGGACGACAAGAAGUGCAGAAGGACUUUUCGCAUUUCAAAUUUUCAGACGGUGACGAGACUGUCUAACAAGUGGUGCACCAUGCCGAUGAUCCUGAACGAGGGCUGGAACAUAAUUCAAAUUAACCUCAAGGAAUACACAGAGAAGGCUUUUAGAACAAAGUACAUGGAGACCAUUGAAGUACAAAUAAACGCAAGCAUACGAAUCAGGUGCAUCUACUUUUGUGACAAAAUAUACACUAAUGAUGAGUUGAAGGAUGAGUACAAAAUUUUUUAUAAAAAAAAAGAAAAGGUUAAAUACAUUCCUCCGCAAUGCUUAAAUAAGCCAUUAAAAAAAAUGACCAUAAAAAGUGUUGUGACGGGAGGAGUGUGUUCCAAGGGAGGGGGGACCCUACCCACUGAUGCUGAGCAGAAGGAGACCACGGAACAUCCUUUGAUCACAAACGAGAUUUCACAACACGUGCAUGUAGAACCCACGAGUGAGAACAAUCUGCAAAGUGCAGACAUGGUUGAAGCGAUUGAGUUAUAUGAAGAGAGCACUGAUGAUCCUUUUUUUGGUGACAAAAAUGAUGGGGAGGGCACCUCUCUCGCGCAGCUCAUCGGGGGGGAAGCAGACGAGCAGGCAGCGGCAGAGCAGGCGGCGGGAAGCGGCGCGGAAGGAAAUGAUGCGGCAGAGGAGGGGGCAGCCGAGCAGGCGGCGGGAAGUGGCGCGGAGGAACACGACGGCGAAGGCCACGACGACGACCCCGAGCAGCUGGCGCACAUCAAAACGCUACAGAUGGACGACACAAACGUUCUCUACGAGGACGUCAACUACGAGACGUACAACAAUGACGACAACUGA